GAAAUGGGGGCGGCCGUGGCUGGAAAGGCGCAGGGCGUAAAGGCAAAUAUCGAAGUAACCGGCGCGGUUGCGCAAGUCGCAUCCGAAGGGAAAGGGGUCUCUGCUAAGUAGUAGAAAGCUCUACUUAGGCUGUAUGCAAUAUUAGGUUUGCAUUCAGGGGCGUUGUGUUGCCCAGCAGGCAGAAAUUCAGCAGGUAUUAUUUUUGUCCCCACUUGGGAAUGCAGGGAUUUCAAUUUCGGGUGUGGCCACGAUAAAUUCUGAUGGAGAACCCCGUUGGUUGGCAAGAAUUUACAUGCCUUCUUCCUGCCAUGGAGAUACAGAGGAGUCGAAUCUGUGGCUCGCGUGUAAAAAUCCUAGCAGGAUAUCUCGGAGGAGAAGUAAGGAAAAUAGCCCUUCCGAGAGCUGAACUACAAUCCCAGCAGCCCCAGCCAAAUGACCGACAGUAAGGGAUGCUGGGAAUUGUAGUUCAGAAACAUUUGGACAGUAAGUUUCGACAAUACAUUUGGACGAUUUCUUGAACCUGUUCAUCCCUUGGUGGGAGAAAUGGUGGUGGAAGUACGUGGCUUCUUUGGGGUCUAUCUGCUAUACUGCAUCAACCCCCGUUACCAGGGUCGGAUCUACAUUGGGUUCACGGUCAAUCCUGAACGGCGCAUAGAUCAACACAAUGCUGGGAAGCGGCGUGGUGGGGCUUGGAAGACAAGCGGACGUGGGCCAUGGGACAUGGUGUUGAUUGUUCAUGGUUUCCCCUCUGAUGUGGCUGCUUUGCGGUUUGAGUGGGCCUGGCAGCACCCUCACUCUUCCCGCCGUCUCACCCACGUCACCCGCCGCACAACACGGGAGCGUCAGUUUGACUUCCGCUUGCGUGUCUUAGCCCACAUGUUGCAAACUGCUCCAUGGUGCCGUCUGCCCCUCACCAUACGAUGGCUCAAGCAGGAGUAUUGCCGAGAUUUUCCCCCAGGCUUGGAACCCCCCUUACACAUGCCAAUAGCCUUUGGGCCAGUUCGAGCUGUCAAAGACACCAAGCACGCUAAACCAUUAUCUCCAGAGGGACAGGUGGCUACCACAAAACAUUGUAGUGUCUGUCUGAAGACGUUCCAGGAUGGGGAUGAUGACAUUCCUUUGCAUUGUUUUCACCCAACUUGUACCAUGGCUGCUCAUAUUAUUUGCCUGUCUCGUAUUUUCUUGGAAAAAGAACCUAAUCAUAUUUUGCCCAUUGAAGGGCAGUGCCCAGGCUGCAAGAAUCUUAUUCUUUGGGGAGAUCUGAUUCGUCACCAUAAAGGUUGCUAUGAUAACUUAGAGGCUGAUCCCACCUCCUCUCAGAAACACUGGGCUGAUGAAUUGCAACUGUGAAUGAAGAGACUUUUUAAAAAGUGACCAAGACCUAUUUCCUUGCUGAGAGUGAAAGGGGAUCAGAGGAUCUCUGCAUGGUGUAUGGUUCAGCUUCUCUUAUUCUGAUGUCCAAAAGUCUAGAAAACAGAGUCAGGAGGGCUGGGUUCUCUGCUCAUAUCUCCCACCCCAGAAUCAUGUAACAAAAAAUUUCAUAAGUGGAAGAAAUUGAAAGAACAAAAUCAUGCUGGAUAUUUAUGGAUUGAUAGAUAGGAAUCGUGCUUUGGAAAUGCACAGAAUCAUUAUUAACUUAGGUAAGCAGAACUGGUUCCAGUUUCCAUUUCUGAAAUUUCUGGCUGCAAAGUACAUAAGAUUGAUGUUUCAGUGUGUACUACUGUGGUGCAAUUUCUCAGUUGGAAACAAAAAAGAUAAAGAGUCAAUAAACUUAAGAUGAGUUUGUAAACAAUACAGCUAUUGUUUUAUACUAUAUCUAUAGCAUGUUGAAUGCUUAAAUGGAUUGUAAAAAGACAUUUUGUAAUGCAGAGAAAGAGAUAAAAUUCCUGAGAUAAUAUGUUUCCAAUUUUAUAUGGCCUUUUUCUCAUUUACGCAAAGCACUUAACAUACACUUUCAGUAAUUCUUACAACUCAUUUUUGGGUUGGCAUUAACCAA